GUCGCCGGGCUCGGCGUCGACCAGGCCCCGCCCCCGGAGCCGAGCGGCUGCGCGCAGGGCGCUAGUGCGGUCUCUGCGGCGAGCGAGGGUUGUUGGCGUGAACAGGGAGAGCUCUCUCCUUUCUUUGCCGAAUUAUUAAUCCAUCGAGAUGAACCCCGGAGAGCACUGCUUUCUCGCCUAACACCUGAAGCCUUUCAGCUGGGCUGUGGGCCCUGCCGUGGCAGCGACAGGGUGACCCUGCGCUAAUGGGCCCUCGGUGAAAGCUGUGGCGUCGGAGGAUCCAGUGGGAAUGGCAGGGAGGACGCUGUGGCCUAGGGAAUAAAACCUCACGUCUGUGGCUGUAGGUCUGAGGCGGUGCUGCAGAAUGUGCGGGCGAACAUCCUGUCACUUGCCUAGAGAUGUUCUCACAAGGGCCUGUGCCUAUCACGAUCGUCAGGGCAGGCGGCGGCUCCCCGAGUGGAGGGACCCCGAUAAAUACUGCCCCUCGUACAACAAGAGCCCCCAGUCGAGCAGCCCAGUGCUUCUCUCCCGGCUGCACUUUGAGAAGGUUCCUCUGGGAAAAGGACGACGUUGUGUUGUUUUAGCUGAUGGAUUCUACGAGUGGCAGCGGUGUCAGGGAACAAACCAGAGGCAACCAUAUUUCAUCUAUUUUCCUCAAAUCAAGACAGAGAAGUCAGGUGGGAAUGAUGCUUCAGACAGCACCGACAGCAAGGAAAAGGUCUGGGACAAUUGGAGGCUGCUGACCAUGGCAGGGAUCUUUGACUGCUGGGAACCCCCAGAGGGAGAACGCCUAUAUUCCUACAGCAUCAUCACAGUGGAUUCCUGCAAAGGCUUGAGUGACAUCCACAGCAGGAUGCCUGCCAUACUAGAUGGAGAAGAGGCAGUCUCCAAAUGGCUUGACUUUGGUGAGGUCACCACUCAGGAAGCUCUGAAGUUAAUCCAUCCCAUAGACAAUAUCACCUUCCAUCCAGUUUCUCUAGUGGUGAACAACUCCCGAAACAACACUCCUGAAUGUCUGGCUCCUGCUGACUUGGUGACUAAGAAGGAGCCCAAGACAAGUGGCAGCAGUCAAAGAAUGAUGCAGUGGCUGGCUACAAAGUCACCCAAAAAAGAAGCCUCUGGGUCACCCAAAAAGGAUGAGUCAGGUGUACCCCAGUGGUCCAGCCAGUUUCUACAGAAGAGCCCAUUGCCUGCUAAAAGAGGUGCCACCAGCAGCCUCCUGGACCGGUGGCUGAAGCAGGAGAAGGAGGAAGAGCCCAUGGCCAAGCGGUCUCACAGCUAGGCCACACUAAAUUACUGUUAUCACCAGUUGACUGGAAUUGUGUCCAAUUACUUGGGAAAGUGGUAACACCUUGUCAGUUUUGGGCCUAGGAGGACCAUGGCUACAUGAGAAGAAGAACGCUGGCUGCCAUGGCCAGCCCUGUGGGGCCUCUACCCUUCCUGGUAGUCUUGCCUCCUGCUGGGAGCUUUACUUCUGCUCUGGUGGUCCUGGAAGAAGGCUCUUCUCUAUCUCUAGGCUCUUUGUAUUUUGUUGUAAAUAAAUUAUGUUUGAUAAACCUUGGCUGGCAAGAGUUCUGCUCUUACACAGUUUCCCUCUUUUUUUUUUUUUUGUUGUUGUUUUAAAGAGUAGGUUUUACCACAAAGGGGUGGGUCACUGGGCCCUCUGAGGGAAAAAAUCCAUCAGAGUCAGUUUAGUAGCAUGGCAGCCCCUUGUUGAUGUUUUCACUGUUAAUAUUUAGAAGUCCUCUGUGUGUAGUUAAAAUCCAGCCUGAGGUGGCUGUCACACUCAGCUGAGUGAUUUGGGGAGAAUUGGGUUCAGAGGCCUUCAGGGCCCUGCCUUUAGCACAGAGGGAAGGAUCUGGUGAGAGCCUGGACCUGUGCAGGUUCCCAGCCUCCAGCAUUGUGCAGGAGUCAGGGCAGGUGAGUCUGCACUAGGCGGCUGGAGGAAUGCUGGAGAAAUGGCUCCCCUACCACACCCCGAGUCAGCCAUUUGCUGUGUGCCUUUCCUGGCAACAUACCUUCAUAGUGACUUGGGAUGCUAUGUCCCUUCACAAGUAGAUACCUGCAAGCAGGGAUUCUCCACUGUUGUUUUCUCCUAUUAAAAGU